CUCCUCGCGCUGCGCAGUAACCCAGAGGCUGCGUGAGAGAGAGAGAGAGAAAGAGAGAGAGAGAGGGGAGUGAAAGAGCGGCGGCGAGAGGAAAGCGCCUGGUCGUGAGUGAUUCAGUGGCGGCCGUUGGAGGGGGGGAUGGUGCUCCUGGCGGCGUCGGUGGAGGCGGUGGCCUGUGCGUGCCCUCCUCCGCGCCUUCCCUCGCCCUUGCUCUGGGUGUGAAGGCGACACCCGAGAGGCGACAGAUAUGAGGCAUCUAUUAGCAAGUUAGAGGUGUUUAAACCAUGGCUCAGUUUCCCACACCUUUUGCGGGCAACCUGGACAUCUGGGGUAUAACUGUGGAAGAGAGAGCUAAACAUGAUCAGCAGUUUCACAGUUUGAAACCAAUAUCUGGAUUUAUCACUGGUGAUCAAGCCAGGAACUUUUUUUUUCAGUCUGGCUUACCUCAACCAGUUUUAGCACAGAUAUGGGCUCUGGCAGAUAUGAACAAUGAUGGGAGAAUGGACCAGCUGGAGUUUUCUAUAGCUAUGAAACUCAUCAAACUAAAACUACAAGGUUAUCAACUCCCUUCUUCAUUGCCUCCUAUUAUGAAGCAACCUCCUAUUGCUAUUUCUAGCGCACCAGGAUUUGGUAUAGGUGGCCUUCCUAGUAUACCACCGCUUACAGCUGUUGCUCCUGUGCCAAUAGCAUCUAUUCCAGUGGUGGGAAUGUCUCCACCUUUAGUAUCUUCAGUUCCCACAGCAGCCGUGCCUCCCCUUGCAAAUGGAGCACCCGCUGUUAUCCAACCUCUUCCUGCUUUCAGUCAUACUGCCACAUUGCCAAAGAGUUCUUCCUUCAGUAGAUCGGGUGCCAGUUCACAAUUAAAUGCAAAAUUACAAAAGGCACAAUCAUUUGAUGUGGCUGGUGCUUCUCCAGCAGCAGAAUGGGCGGUUCCUCAAUCAUCACGACUGAAAUAUAGGCAGUUAUUCAACAGCCAUGAUAAAACAAUGAGUGGACACUUAACAGGUCCACAAGCUAGAACUAUCCUUAUGCAAUCAAGUUUACCACAAGCUCAGCUGGCUACAAUAUGGAAUCUUUCAGACAUUGACCAGGAUGGAAAACUGACGGCAGAAGAAUUUAUUUUGGCUAUGCAUCUAAUUGAUAUGGCUAUGUCAGGGCAACCAUUGCCACCUGUGUUGUCUCCAGAAUAUAUUCCUCCCUCAUUUAGAAGAGUUCGUUCUGGCAGUGGCAUUUCUGUUACAAGUUCAGUUUCUGUAGACCAAAGGUUACCAGAGGAACCAGUGUUAGAAGAAGAGCAACAACAGCAGCUGGAUAAGAAGUUGCCAGUUACAUUUGAAGAUAAGAAGCGCGAGAACUUUGAACGAGGCAAUCUAGAGCUUGAAAAGCGGAGACAAGCUCUUUUGGAGCAGCAAAGAAAAGAGCAAGAGCGUCUUGCACAGUUAGAAAGAGCAGAGCAGGAAAGAAAAGAGCGUGAACGACAGGAACAGGAACGGAAAAGGCAGCUAGAGUUAGAAAAACAAUUAGAAAAACAGAGAGAAUUGGAACGCCAGAGGGAAGAGGAAAGGAGGAAAGAAAUAGAAAGGCGUGAGGCAGCAAAAAGGGAACUUGAGAGGCAAAGACAACUUGAGUGGGAACGAAAUCGGCGGCAAGAGCUCCUGAAUCAAAGAAACAAAGAGCAAGAGGAUAUAGUUGUUCUGAAAGCCAAGAAAAAAACUUUGGAAUUUGAACUAGAAGCUUUAAAUGACAAAAAACAUCAAUUGGAGGGGAAACUUCAGGAUAUCAGAUGUAGACUGGCUACCCAAAGACAAGAAAUUGAGAGCACAAACAAGUCUAGAGAAUUAAGAAUUGCAGAAAUUACACAUUUACAACAGCAGUUACAAGAAUCUCAGCAGAUGCUUGGAAGAUUAAUUCCAGAAAAGCAGUUACUCAACGAUCAGCUGAAGCAGGUGCAGCAAAACAGCUUGCACAGAGAUUCACUUCUCUCUGUCAAAAGAGCCUUAGAAGCAAAAGAAUUAGCACGUCAGCAGCUCCGUGACCAACUCGAUGAAGUAGAAAAAGAAACCAGAUCAAAAUUGCAAGAGAUUGAUAUUUUCAAUAAUCAACUAAAGGAACUAAGAGAGAUUCAUAACAAGCAGCAACUACAGAAGCAAAAAAAUAUAGAAGCUGACAGGAUAAAACAGAAGGAGCAAGAGAGAAAAACAGAACUGGAAAAACAAAAGGAUAACCAGAGAAGAACUCAAGAGAGAGAGAGACAGUGGCUCGACAGAAUACAACAGGAAGAGGAACACCCCAAACCAAGGAAAAUACAAGAUGAAGAAACACAAAAAUGGGAAGAAUUGAACAAAAAGAGAGAGAAUGAUGAAAGGAACAAACAAGAAGUGCAAGAAAAACUAAAUAAACUUUUUCAUCAGCAUCGAGAUUUAACAAAGCCGGCUCUCCAGGCUCCUUGGUCAACCGCAGAGAAAGCUCCACUAACAUUUUCUGCUCCAGAAGAUAUAAAAAUAGUAUAUUAUCGGGCAUUAUAUCCUUUUGAUUCCCGAAGCCAUGAUGAAAUCACAAUUCAGCCUGGAGACAUCAUCAUGGUGGAUGAAAGUCAGACUGGAGAACCUGGAUGGCUUGGAGGUGAACUGAAGGGGAAAACUGGGUGGUUUCCUGCAAACUAUGCAGAGAAAAUUUCUGAAAGCGAAAUCACCAACUCUGUAAAACCAAUAACUGAUGUAACAGUUCCACCUAAAGUUUCCUUGCGAGAAACCCCUACUACACCAUUGGCACCACCACUUCCUACAGAUUCAAGUACCACAGCCAACAACUGGGCAGACUUUAGUUCAACAUGGCCGACAAAUGCUACUGAUAAACAAGAGACUGAUAACUGGGAUGCUUGGGCAGCUCAACCUUCACUUACUGUCCCAAGUACAGGACAGCUGAGGCAAAGGUCUGCCUUCACCCCAGCUACUGUUACUGGCUCAUCCCCUUCUCCGGUUUUGGGUCAGGGUGAAAAAGUGGAAGGACUUCAAGCACAGGCCUUAUAUCCUUGGCGAGCCAAGAAGGACAACCAUCUUAAUUUUAACAAGAAUGAUAUUAUCACUGUGUUAGAACAGCAAGACAUGUGGUGGUUUGGAGAGGUUCAAGGACAAAAGGGCUGGUUUCCUAAAUCUUAUGUGAAGCUCAUAUCAGGUCCUAUACGGAAAUCAACAAGUAUGGAUUCUGGAUCAUCUGAAAGUCUUGCUAAUCUAAAGAGAACAUCACCAGUUACAAAACCUACAGUUUCAGGAGAAGAAUAUAUUGCCAUGUACACAUAUGAAAGCUCAGAACAAGGGGACUUAACAUUUCAGCAAGGCGAUUUAAUUCUUGUAACCAAGAAGGAUGGAGACUGGUGGACAGGAGUGUUGGGAGAUAAAUCAGGAGUAUUUCCAUCCAACUAUGUCAGACUUAAAGAUUCUGAGGUUCCUGGAACUGCUGGAAAAACAGGAAGCCUAGGAAAGAAGCCUGAGAUUGCUCAAGUCAUUGCCUCAUACUCAGCAACAGGUCCAGAGCAGCUUACACUUGCCCCUGGUCAGCUGAUACUUAUAAGAAAGAAGAAUCCUGGUGGAUGGUGGGAAGGAGAGCUACAAGCUCGUGGGAAAAAACGACAGAUAGGAUGGUUUCCUGCUAACUAUGUAAAACUCUUAAGUCCUGGUACUAGUAAAACUACACCAACUGAGCCACCUAAAACAACAGCAUUACCUUCAGUGUGCCAAGUAAUUGGUAUGUAUGACUACAUUGCACAGAAUGAUGAUGAACUAGCAUUCAACAAAGGCCAGAUCAUAAAUGUCCUUAAUAAAGAAGAUCCUGACUGGUGGAAAGGAGAAGUGAAUGGGCAAAUGGGUCUCUUCCCAUCCAACUAUGUGAAACUGACAACAGAUAUGGAUCCAAGCCAGCAAUGGUGUGCCGAUUUGCACCUCCUGGACAUGUUGACACCCACUGAAAGGAAACGGCAGGGAUACAUCCACGAACUUAUAGUUACAGAAGAGAACUAUGUGAAUGACUUACAGUUAGUAACCGAGAUCUUCCAGAAGCCAUUGAUGGACUCUGAGCUUUUGACUGAGAAAGAAGUGGCUAUGAUUUUUGUAAACUGGAAAGAAUUGAUUAUGUGCAAUAUUAAACUGCUGAAAGCACUACGGGUUCGUAAGAAAAUGUCAGGAGAGAGGAUGCCAGUCAAAAUGAUAGGAGAUAUCCUGACUGCCCAGCUUCCACACAUGCAGCCUUACAUUCGUUUCUGUAGCUGUCAGCUUAAUGGAGCAGCCCUGAUCCAGCAGAAAACAGAUGAAGUCUCUGAAUUCAAGGACUUUGUUAAAAGGUUAGCUAUGGAUCUUCGCUGUAAAGGGAUGCCACUGUCAAGUUUUCUUCUAAAGCCUAUGCAACGAGUAACGCGAUACCCUCUGAUAAUUAAAAAUAUAUUAGAAAACACUCCAGAAAACCAUCCUGAUCACAGCCAUUUGAAACAUGCCUUGGAGAAAGCAGAAGAACUGUGUUCACAGGUUAAUGAAGGUGUCCGUGAAAAGGAGAACUCAGACAGAUUAGAAUGGAUCCAGGCUCAUGUUCAAUGUGAAGGAUUAUCCGAGCAACUCGUUUUCAAUUCUGUUACAAACUGCUUGGGGCCACGCAAGUUUCUGCACAGCGGGAAACUCUACAAGGCCAAGAGCAACAAAGAAUUGUAUGGCUUUCUGUUCAAUGACUUCCUCCUACUGACCCAGAUCAUAAAACCUCUUGGCUCCUCUGGCACAGAUAAGGUCUUCAGCCCCAAGUCUAAUCUGCAGUAUAAAAUGUACAAAACACCCAUAUUUCUAAAUGAAGUCUUGGUAAAACUGCCUACAGAUCCUUCUGGAGACGAGCCCAUCUUCCACAUCUCUCACAUUGAUCGAGUGUACACACUUCGUGCAGAAAGUAUAAAUGAAAGGACGGCUUGGGUUCAGAAAAUCAAAGCAGCUUCUGAACUUUACAUAGAAACAGAGAAGAAGAAGAGGGAAAAGGCCUACUUAGUCCGGUCCCAGAGGGCAACAGGCAUUGGAAGGUUAAUGGUGAACAUUGUUGAAGGUAUUGAACUGAAGCCCUGCAGAUCCCAUGGGAAGAGUAAUCCAUAUUGUGAAGUGACAAUGGGCUCUCAGUGUCAUAUUACCAAGACUAUACAGGACACUCUCAACCCCAAGUGGAACUCUAACUGCCAGUUCUUUAUCAAAGAUUUAGAACAGGAUGUGCUCUGCAUAACAGUGUUUGAAAGGGACCAGUUCUCCCCUGAUGACUUCUUAGGCCGGACAGAAAUCCGUGUAGCAGAUAUUAAGAAAGACCAAGGGUCAAAGGGACCAGUUACAAAGUGUCUUCUCCUGCAUGAAGUCCCAACAGGAGAGAUAGUUGUCCGGCUGGACCUGCAGCUGUUUGAUGAACCUUGAAAAGAAGGUGCUUCUCUCGGCUGAAAUGACUGCAAUAGGUGUUUACAAAAUCUGUCUGUAGAGAUCCUGAAGCCCUUUUAUAUAGAAAAAUGCUCCUCCACGUUGAAAGAGAUUUAACAAACUCACAGAACCCUUUGUAUCUAGCAAAUGCUUCCAGAAAGUUGAAUUCCAAAGUUGCGGGGAGGAAUACCAACUUUAAAAAAAUAAUUUGUUUCAUUUUAUGUGGAAAUUGGUCUGUCAUAUCCAGGAUUUCUAGAGUAACAGGAAUCGUAGCUUGCUCUCUUGACAAAGAGUUCAAAACACUGCACUUUCUCUGGUUGCUGCAACAAAAAGUGUCAACGGAAAAAGGGUGUUGCUGCCAUAUCUCUGCAGAUUUCUAUACAUUUCCCCUAGAAAUGUGCCUAUUGCCCCACAUAGUGUUGUAUAAAAAUAAUGUGAAUAUAUUUAUAUAGAAAAUAUCUAUAACAUCAAUGCAUUCUUGCCAUGUAAGAUAUUUGGAUUUCUUUUAGGAAGUUUGUGAUAAUAUUUGAAUCUGUUUUCAAAAAAUAAAUGAAAAAAGAGAAUAGAAUAUUCCAAUUUGAUGUCUCAAUGACAAUUGCCUGGAGACUGGAAUGCUUUCAAGAACUGAGGGUGAAGAUUGCUUUUCCAAGACGGUGCUUAGAAGUAAGCCAAUGUUGUGUGGAUGGAGGAUUGAAUUCCAGGUCUGGGACCCAAUAGUUCAAUCCCCCUCUUAAAGGGCAAGACUGGAAACGGGACCAGAUGUUGGUUAUUUGUCAUUUUCAUUGGGGGCAUCCUUACCCCCAAACUGUGUAUGCACACACCAAUACUUUUUAUUGCAGCUGUAUUUCAGCUGUGUCGUAACCACAAUCAAUGACAUUAAAAAAGGGUUAAGAGAUCCCUGCUGUGUGUCUUUACCAUACCACUAAAACAGAACUAUUACAAUGCUGCUGUAUUGUGAAAGGCUGGGGAAGAUGAACCAGUGUUAAUGAGAAAACAGGUACUUGAGAAAGUUCUAGCAAGACAAGCAGUCAAAAGGAAUUAAUUUAUUGAAUUGCACUGUGCCUAAAAAAAUUGACACGAUAGUUUUGAAGUCAGGGUGGCAGCAUACUGUAGCUCAUUAAUUAUUUUUAACUGCAAACGUGCUUCAUUGCACAUUUGUCCAUUUCAACAUUAGGCGUUAAUCCGAUUUCCGCAGAGUGAGCGAUCCCCGUUAAAGUCAGUUAUUGCUGUUUUGCGGAUUCACUUCUACAUCAACCCAUAUUUUUAAAAAGCUUGAUUCAGCAAAGUCCUCUCAAAUCACUUGAAUAAUAAACGUACACACUUUGCUGAACAAGGUACGAGGUUAACAACAAAAAUUUACGAGCAUCUUCAUUUUGGUAUCAAGGACAUUCAUCUGCGUUGUGUUUCCAGUCCUUCAGUUCGUUACCCAAGGAUCAUGCGUACAUGGGUAUUUUUGUAACAACUUUCAGAAUGGAAGGUGUUGACUGGUCUGUUAGCAUGUCAAUGUUCUUGUGAGGUGUAGGCUUUACUGUUUUUUGCAUGUUGUUUUGAUAUCGGUUUCCAUGUUUCCCGUGGAGAUGAUGUUCUCUAGCACAGUAAAUCUUUAUUAUUUCCAUUAGGAAAUUAGGAUAGCUUUAUACUUGAUAGGUAGGUAAGGUCUGGUGAUAAAUGUGAACUGUGCUUGAAAGUGUCUGUGUACUAUUAAUCCCAAGGAGACCACUGUAUUAUUUUCAGCAAUUAUUUUUUAAAAAUCCUAUAUGUUGGAGGGACAAAAAGUUUACAUUUCAUACUUUUAAGAAUUGCUUUAUUAUUUAUUUAUUGAAGACAGUGUAGAAUUUUGUAUAAGAAGUUACAUACUUGUGUAUUUUUUUGAACAGAGAAACACGCUUUAGUUAGAAAUUUCAACUGCCCAAGUUUUAGAGGAAGCUUAACUUAACAGGCAUGAUGUUGUUUACCACUGACUGGUUGAAAACACAGUUUAAAAAACUUUUAUGUUUCUAUUUUUCAGUGUUGUUACAAAAACGUUUGAAUUAAAAUAUGUAAAUAGAACUAAACCCAUGCUUUCCUUUUUCCAUAUCAGUACAUUUUAUGAAAUAUAAUGUAUAUGAAAAUAACAAAUUGUUGUGGUAGAAGAAGAAAAAAUAAAUCCUUUAGUGGUUAAAAAAUAUUAAAUGUCAUCAUUCCAAACUUC